CACAACUUGAACAGGUUAGCACACCACCACCAGCGGCCACUACCUACCUUACCUACCACCACCGUCCAUCCUUCAACAACCACCCAACACCCCCAUCUCCAUUUUCCUUCCCUUUUCCAUUUUGCAUCUUUUAUCGACCAAAUCCAGGCCGCGUGAUACCCUCUCCCGUCCUUUGCAUACAACCCGUCGACAACAAAGCACCGUCCGUCGACAUCACACUCAACCAUUCAACAACUUAAUCUCUCCUCCCCUAUUCACACAACCACCAAACCGACGCCAUGUCUGCUGAACUCCGCCGAAAGCUCGUCAUCGUUGGCGAUGGUGCCUGCGGCAAGACCUGUUUGUUGAUCGUCUUCUCCAAGGGAACCUUCCCCGAGGUCUACGUCCCUACCGUUUUCGAGAACUACGUCGCCGAUGUCGAGGUUGAUGGCAGACACGUCGAGCUCGCGCUAUGGGAUACGGCUGGUCAGGAGGAUUAUGACCGUCUCCGCCCCCUGUCCUACCCCGACUCUCACGUCGUCUUGAUCUGCUUCGCCAUCGACUCUCCCGAUUCGCUCGACAACGUUUCCGAGAAGUGGCACUCUGAGGUUCUUCACUUCUGCCGUGACGUCCCAAUUAUCCUCGUUGGCUGCAAGAAGGAUUUGCGCCACGACCCCAAGACCAUUGAGGAGCUCCGCAAGACCAGCCAGAAGCCCGUUUCCCCCGAAGAGGGUGAGGCUCUGAGGAAGAGAAUCAACGCUCACAAGUACCUCGAGUGCUCGGCCAAGACCAACGAGGGUGUCCGUGAGGUGUUCGAGAACGCGACAAGAGCCGCCCUUCUCAAGAAGACAAAGACGAAGAGGGGCCUCUGCAAGAGCUCGGUCUAAACAAACCACAGCUCUUUAGAGAGAUGCUUUUAUUUCUAUCGCACGACGAACAACAUCAUCUGCACCAAGCCCUCCCCGGAUAGCCUCGCAACAUGUAAUCAAGCAACGGUUUUCAAAGCGAAAGAUGAUCAUCACCUUAGUUGAUAAUUCUCUGCCAAUGACGCCGUCGAUGCUGCUACCGAGCGGAUAAUAUUUCACAGAGAGAAGAAGAAAGGGGUGUGGAGAGCGCAAAUGGGGAGGGGCUUGGGAUUUCGGGGAUACUUAUGGGCCUUACUACUCGAUAUUUAGGGAGGAUAACUGGGUCUGGACUCCUUUCCACUAUUUCUGUGUGUGUGUGUGGUCGGCGUGGACGGGUGCGUGGCUUGUGUUCAUGUAUACACAAACGGAGGACACCUGAGGGCGGUAAAGGGAAAGAGAGAGACUGGAGAAAGGAGUUUUGCGGUUCAAUAUUUCUUGUUUCUUCUGGAAUCACAUGCCGCGUCUCUGGCCCUCCCCUUACCUGUCUCCUUUAUUUCUCUUUCUCUGUCACUGCCCGUGUGCGUCUGUCUCUUAUCUCUCUCUCUGUGUCUACCUGUCUGUUAUUAAUCUCUAGUUUUAUCGCGUUCUUGUUUAUCUGUCUCCGUCUGCUGCUGCUGCUGCUGCAUGGUUCAAAUUGGGAUUUUGAGCUCGAAUGUUCCGUAUUGUUUGGGCGAUCGGCGUGGCGAGGCCGCCGAAUGUCCCUGCUACUUCCAUAGACCGUUGACGACAAUUGCUGUUACCUAUUGUACAUC